AUGCCCCAUUCAAUAGAACCAACACAACUUCAUUCUCAUUGCACUUCAGACUUUUCACUUUCCUGGAUUCCUAGUGCUCGUUAUUCUAUAGUUGAUCAACCCAAUUUUGGUGUUGUUGAAUGUUUAAGAGAAGAUAUAGAGAAUAAACAAAUAAAUAAAAAUAAAAAAUGGAUAGUUUGUUCAACUUUCACUCAAAACGAAAUUAAUUCACUUAAAGUUCGUUAUAGACAUACAAAAAAUUCAAAUAUUCCUUUACCCCCAAGAACUGAUGAUUUUGAUUUUCAAGUUUAUUGUUCAGACACAGCUUCCCUAGUUCAAGUUUUACAAAUUGAUUUUAUCACACUUAGUAUUCGUGUUUUUGUUCAAGAACAAUUAACAUUAAACCAAACAGAUCAAGCACAAAUUGGAAGGAGGAAUAUGUUGGCAACUGUGUUUCCUCAACAAUUUAGUUCUGACCAAUUAUAUUUUCAUAUUCUUGAAGCCCCUAAAUUGGGAAUGCUUUUAAGAUUAGUACAAGAAACAGGACGUCAUAGACGUGUUGGUGUUUCUUCAAAUAUUACUCAACAACAAAUUGAUGAAGGACUUUUCUUUUACAAAUUACACUUUGCCCCAUUCUCUGUACUUAAUGACUUUUUUACUUUUCGGCUUCUAACACCUGCUGGUGCUUCAGAAGAAAUUUUUAGAUUUGAUAUUGUUUAUUUACCUGGAGGUGGUAUUGGUGAUAUUAGAUUACGAAAUAAUACUUUAAUUGUUGAAGAAGGUGGAAUACAAGGGGUAUGUAAAUUCAGAUGGAUCUUUCUAUCAGAUAAGGCCAAUACUAGAUACCAGAGGUGA